AGCCAAGGGUGGUUGGCCUAUAUUUGGUCACCUUCCCUUGGGUUCGGACCAGGUGGACCCUUUUGGCGAGAAAUUCGCAAGCUAGUCACCUUGGAGUUGCUAUCAGUCCGGAAGGUUGAGCUGCUCAAGCACAUUCGAGUAUCAGAAGUGACUGCUUUCUUGAAAGAAUUGCACGAACUUUGGAGUACAAGGAAGAAGGAGAGCUCGAAAGAUGGAGUGAUUGUAGAGCUGAAGCAAUGGCUUGGGGACAUGACGCUGAACGUGAUUCUUACAAUGGUGACCGGAAAGCAGUAUUCCGUGGCUGCCGCUGGGGAUGAGAAGAAAGAAGCGCGUAAGGUUCAGACUGCAUUGAGGGAGUUAUUUGAUUAUCUGGGCAUGUUUUUGGUGGGUGAUGCGGUUCCUUAUCUGCGGUGGUUGGAUUGGGGUGGACAUGCGAAGGCAAUGAAGAAAAGUGCAACGGAAAUGCACGCCAUUGUUGCAGAGUGGGCUGAAGAGCAUAAGCAGAGAAGAGCAAAAGGUGAUGCAAAAGGAGAACAGGACUUCAUAGAUGCGAUGCUUUCUGUGCUUGAUGGUGCAGACCUUGGCAGUUUUGAUGCUGAUACGAUCGCCAAAGCCACAAGCUUGAAUGUUAUUGCAGGAGGUGGCGAUACCACCAUGGUGACAUUGACAUGGGCAAUAUCGUUAUUGCUGAACAACCCUCACGUUAUGAAAAAAACCCUAAACGAACUAGACACCAAAACAGGGAGACAAAGAGUUGUGAGUGAGGAAGAUUUAAGCAACUUGGUCUACAUCCAAGCUAUUGUGAAGGAGACGUUACAUUUGUACCCAAUGGGACCAUUAUCCAGGCCGCGUGUAUUCAAUGAAGAUUGCACCAUUGUUGGCUACCCUAUCCGAAAGGGCACCCAAUUCCUCCCAAACCUCUGGAAGAUCCAAAUUGACCCGAAAUUUUGGCCUAAGCCACUCACGUUCAAGCCAGAGAGAUUUCUUACCACGCACAAGGAUGUUGAUCUGAAGGGUCAGCAUUUUCAGUUUAUUCUUUUUGGAAGUGGUAGAAGAUCAUGCCCUAGUUUGGCAUUUGGCCUUCAAACGGUGCAAUUUACGUUGGCUAGUUUUCUACAUGCGUUUGAAAUCUCAAAACCGUCAAGUGCCCCAGUUGAUAUGACGGAGAGUUUUGGAAUGACCAACGUUAAGGCAACUCCACUCAACGUUCUCAACAAACCUUGCUUAUCUUCUGAACUCUAUAGAUAAAAGACGGAAAUAUAAAAUAUUAUGUGUGUGGUAUGAAUAAGUGGUUUUCGUUGUUAUUAAUUUUAUAUAAUUAUGUGUAUAUCUCUAUAGUCAUGAAAAAAAACCGAGACAUAUCUAUACUAUUAUUAAG